ACAAACAAACUGAUCAGUGCUGUUGCAUUGUAUGUUGCGAGGAAACUAGGCAUAGGGAAACCAAAGAUAGAAAAUAAAACAAGAGAACCAUGGUGGAAAAGAAGAAUAAGCGAAUCUAUUAAUGAACUUAGAAAGCACAUUAACAUACUUGAGCGCGAAAAGAGAGGUGAAGUAUCGAAGAAAGGGAAAUACCAUGAACUGUCAAAAAAGUAUAACAUCACGAGAAAAGGAAUCUCUACUGUAAUUGAAGAGUUGAAACAGAGAAUGCAAGCCAAGGCUUUCAAACUAAGAAGGUACGAGCAAAGGACGCGACAAUACCAAAUAAAUCGAAUGUUUCAAUAUGACCAAAAGAAGGUAUAUCAACAACUACAGGGUAAAGACAAAAGAGAGAAUACAACACCAGAUGCAGAUGAAAGUAGAAAAUUUUGGUCGAACAUAUGGGACAACGAAACACAGCACAAUAAAAAGGCUAAGUGGUUAGAGGAGUUAAAAAACAACAAACCUAAUCUAUCACAAAAUGACAUUGAAAUAACAACUAGAAUGGUAAAUCAGCAAGCCAAGAAGAUACCUAACUGA